UCUUUUAAUGCAGCUACUCUAACCUGCUGUACAUGGCCACCCAGAUUGCCUCUGGAAUGAAGUAUUUAGCGUCUCUGAACUUUGUGCACAGAGAUCUGGCAACUCGCAACUGCCUGGUGGGGAACAACUACACCAUCAAGAUUGCGGACUUUGGCAUGAGCAGGAAUCUGUACAGUGGGGAUUACUACCGAAUCCAGGGAAGAGCCGUGCUGCCCAUACGCUGGAUGGCCUGGGAAAGCAUCCUCCUGGGCAAGUUCACCACAGCCAGCGAUGUCUGGGCAUUUGGGGUCACCCUCUGGGAGAUGUUUGUACUGUGUAAGGAGCAGCCCUACAGCCUCCUCUCCGAUGAGCAAGUCAUUGAGAACACGGGGGAGUUCUUCCGGAGCCAGGGCAGGCAGCUGUCACGAUGCUUAGAAAGCCUCAUGGGUUGUCUACGAUCUAUCUCUCCCAGACUCCUCUGUGUCCUAACCCCGUGUUUGACCUGAUGCUGAAAUGUUGGAGCAGGGAUAUAAAAGACCGUCCCACUUUUGACAUGAUUCACCACUUCCUGCUAGAACAAAUGGAAUCAAACAUUUGACUCCAGGAAAAGAGACAAACUGUUGAGAACAGAGUGACUUUGGUGUCUCUUUGCCUGUACCUCACAGGAAGAUGGUCAGGCCACCUUGCUCUCCUCCCUUGACUGUUCCGUAUUUAAGUUGAGAUGUCCAUGGCAGCUGCUCAUUCUAUUGGCCAUGGUCUGACACGCAGGACCAGAGGAUCUCAUUUGGUUGAAAAAAAUCAUCUCCUCUUCUGAAUCAUUUCCUGGGAAUACUGUGAGAGGGGU